GACGGCGAGAGUCCCUGCGAGGACUACGAGAGCCUGCCCAACAACGCCUCCCUCUACACGCAUAUGACGGCCGGGGCGGUGGCCGGCAUCCUGGAGCACACGGUCAUGUAUCCCGUGGACUCCGUCAAGACUCGGAUGCAGAGUUUGCAACCCGACCCCAAAGCUCAGUACCGGAGCGUCUUUGAGGCCUUGAGGAAGAUCGUCCGCACGGAAGGCCUCUGGAGGCCUCUGCGAGGAAUUAACGUCACCGUCAUCGGAGCCGGCCCAGCCCACGCCUUGUAUUUUGCCUGCUACGAAAAAAUGAAACACACUUUAAGUGACAUUAUUCAACAUGGAGGCAACAGCCACCUGGCCAACGGUAUAUUGACAUAACCCCAUGGGUGCCAUCUUGGCGCUUUGACUCGACUUGCGUACUUUUUCAUGUGGUCUGACAUCUUCAGCAUGCAAUUUCUGCUUCUGGAGAGACAAAAAACAAGACGCUUGGAAGACUCCCAUCAUUGGCAACCUAGGCGUUCUUGCUACCUUCAACCUCUUGUCUAUUUCCUACAGGCACCUGCUCAGUUUUAGAGGCACGCAUGUAUGAAGAAUACCGAAGAUACGUAGUGCUCCGGUUCCUCUAAAAGUUAGAUGUUCAAGUGUUUUGAUCGUAAAAUACCUCUGAUUGGGCUCUGGGAAGGAGUUGUCUGAAAUAGCUUGUCGGUCUAACGUGGGCCGCUUUCUAGGAAAAUUUGGUUCUUAUUUUUUGGGUUUCGCUUCUCUCCAGAAAUCUGUUUUAUCACUUGCUAAAUCUUACCAAAUUUGGCUUGUGCUACCGAGAAUGUAAAAUUACAAGCUGGCUGGAUCAGCCCAAUCUUCACCCCUGGUCCGACAUUUCUACUUCCCAUAAUAAUCAGCCAGCUGUCUUUAAAACAUUACCAGUCUUUCUCUCCAGCAUAUGACACGCAGAGGCACGCUGGUUCUUUAAUUGGAAUUUCUGCUUUUAGGAUCCACAUUGAUGCAUAUUAUUUGCUUCAUAGCAAACCAUGGGCUAGAAUAAAUUCUCUAGUCUCUUCAUUGGCAGUUCACCAAUCUGCAUCUUAAUUGCCUUUCUAUUAUCCUCCAAUUAACACAAAUAGCUUUUCACUUAUUUUUGUUUGUUUUAUUUAGAUCUUCUUGGCACUGAAAGAAAGAAUCACUAGGUUGCUAAUAUUUAAAUGUAUGCCUCCCAAUUCCUAUUUUGCUUGGCAGACACUGAAAUCGAAAAUGGUGCACUUACUUCUCUUAAUAUACAAGAAAUACAGAUUUGUAAUCUCCUUAAAUAUGCGGUUAAUUGACCCGUGGCAGCAUAGUGGUUAGAAUGCAAUAUUGUAAGCUAACUCUGCCCACAGUCAGGAGUUCAAUUCUGAUCGGAUCAAGGUUGAC